GUGCGCCUCAAACCCCCCCCCCCUCCGCCCCCCCGGCGGGCGGUGCGUCUCUCUGUCUCUCUCAAAAGAGAAAAAAUGGAAAAAAACCGUGGAUACCCGGAAAAACCAUGGAUACCCAUAGCAGGUGUCCAUCCGACCCGAUGUUCAGACACCGCCACCUCUGCGUCUCUGACUCAACUUGACGCUUCUCUCUGACUCAACUCUCUCUCUCUCUCUCUCUAGACUUGUUUCAGCGUAAGCCAUGGAGGAGUACUCGGUUGAUGAUCCAUCUCUGCUUCUCCAGGCAGCUUCAGACUUCGCUUACUAUCCCAGUGUUCAAAAUGAUGCUUCGGCAAAGGACUUCCUUGAUCGCUUCCCUAUUCCGGUCAUCAUCAAUGCUUUACAAGCUAAGGCAGAUGUGCCUGGUCUGGAAAAUACUUUGGUUGCUUGUCUAGAAAGGAUAUUUAGCACAAAGUAUGGUGCCUCUCUCAUCCCUCUGUAUUUGCCUUUUGUACAAAUUGGUUUGAAGGCUGACUCUCAAGUAGUCAGAUACCUAGCUUGUAAAAUAGUGUCUUGUCUUUUGGAGAAUUGGGAUGAGAAGUCUGUUUCUGCUGUGAAGCUAAUUAGUGAAUAUGUCCUGUAUCCCCUUUUGCUCGACUGCCUCAUUGAUGGCAAUGAACAAGUUGCUGCUGCUUCAAUGGAUGCAAUUAAGAGUUUAGCUGGCUUUCCAGAAGGCAUGGAAAUCAUCUUUCCGGCUAACAACAAUGAAUCUACACACCUCAGAAAUUUAGCAGCUCGAUGUUCAUCGCUGGGACGAGUAAGGGUUUUAGCUUUGAUAGUGAAACUAUUCUCUGUUUCAACCUCUGUGGCAUCAGCUAUUCACAACUCAAAUCUACUCAGUCUAUUGGAGGCAGAAGUCAGCAAUACAGAUGAUAUACUUGUAACUUUAAGUGUUUUGGAGCUGUUAUACGAGUUGGCAGAAAUCCAACUUGGUUCAGAGUUCUUGUCAAGGACUACUUUUCUUCAAUUGCUUAGUUCUAUAAUCAGCAACACUUCAAAUGAAUCAAUUAUAAGAUCGAGAGCAAUGAUGAUUACUGGAAGACUAUUGUCGAAAGACAAUAUUUUUAUGUUUGUCGACGAAUCUAGUGUUAAAUCUGUCAUUUCAGCCAUUGAUGGAAGGCUUGGAUUGUUGGAAAGUCAAGAUACAGAUGAAUGUGAAUUCGCACUUGAAGCAUUGGGUCAAAUAGGGACAUCAACCCAAGGAGCCACACUGCUGCUCUCAAGUUCAACGCCUGCUGCCAGAUUUGUUGUUGAGACUGCCUUUGACCGGAAAGGACGCAGUAGACAGUUGGCUGCACUGCAUGCCCUAGCAAACAUCUCAGGAGAAACUCGAUACGAGAACAACAUUGUACUCGAUAGUAAUGCAGAAGAAAUCCUUCGGUGUUCUAUCUAUGAAACAGCAUCCAAGAGUUCAAAGCUGACACCAUCCGGUCUUUUUCUAUCAGUUCUUCAGCAGGACACAGAAAUUCGUCUAGCGGGUUAUGGAGUGAUAUCUGGAUUGGUAGCUCGGCCAUGGUGCUUGAUGGAAGUUUGCUCAAAACAAGAGAUAAUAAGUAUGGUUACUGGUGCACAUACCGAAACCACAAAGAUUGGCAUGGAAGCUAGAUAUAACUGCUGCAAGGCAAUCCACAAGGCUUUUACUUCAACUAAACUUAUGAGUGAUCCUUCCUUUUCUGGAAUAGCUGCAAAGUUGCAGGAAGCCAUUAGUGGGGGUCCUUAUCUGACGAGAAAGCAUUCUGAAGCUCAACCUGCAGUGAUGACAGCUGAGAGAUUUUAGCUUUCUGUUGGGUCAUUGAGGCUUUGGGCAAGCCCUUUGCUGUAUAACACAGUAUUUAUGGUGAUUUCUUCCACCCAGUGAUCUCAACCUUAGACAUUUGAGACAUAAUUACUAUUCUGUUUUCAAGUUAAUGCAUUUGGAAGGCGGUUGGAAUUGAACCGUUUUGAGAUUUGGUUCAGCAUUCCAACAGAGCAAUGAUCAACCUAAGCCCUAGUAUGAACUAUCUUUAACAAAUUUAAUUAUGAAGUUUGCUUCUAUA